AUGUCGCGCCAGGCCACUGUCGCGCAUGCCGAGAAUGUUCUGAUCACCGGCGGAAACUUCCUCAGCACGACGCAGAAUUACCCAACAACCACAGUUGACGCCGGUCAUACGGGUACGCAGCAUUAUGCAGACCCUCUUCUGUCCGCCAUGCUUACUGCUACAUCGACAACAGGGAUCGACGUCCUGCGAAGGCACAGUGCCCUUGGUGCUCUUUACGAUUCUGUAGAGCGAUCCGAUCCUCCAAGAUGUCAUCCAGAAACACGUGUCGCUUUUCGAGCUCGACUAGAAGCAUGGGCCUCUAGAGAAGAAGAAAGCUCGUCGUUUCUCUGGCUAUAUGGACCAGCUGGCUCUGGGAAGACAGCGCUCGCACAAUGGUUAUCGGAACAUUGCUCCAAGACUGGACGUCUGGCCGCCACCUUUUUCUUUGCCCGCACCGCCGCAAAUAGAAGUGACGGCCGGCUCCUUAUCCCGACGUUGGCCUUCCAGUUAUCUCAAUCCCUUCCUGCCCUUUGCGCCCAUAUCAAAAAAGUCGUAGAACGUGACUCAGGAAUCUUUCAGCGCACGCAUGGGGUCCAGAUGCAGAAACUCAUCAUCGAGCCGCUCAACAAAGCGAGCAAGCCCAACAAGCUCAAGUCAUACAUUGGCAAAAUUACUGGCUCUCAAGCUCGCACCCCGCGUGUUAUCAUCAUCGACGGGCUCGACGAGUGCUCUGACGUCGCCUUGCAAGGUGAUUUGCUCCAGGUUCUCGGGAAAGCUAUGAAGGAUCUGGUUCUGCCGUUCAAGUUCUUCGUGGCAAGCAGGGCUGAACCCCACAUCUGUCAAGUCAUAGGCCUGAUCGCUGCGAACAUGCGGAUGAGGAUCGUCCAAAUGGACCUUUCGGAUGAUACCAGUGCUCAAGAAGACAUCGGGACGUAUCUCGAACGAGAAUUGAAGGAAAUCAGAUCAUCUCACCCUUUCAAAGAUACCCUUCCUCCGGGCUGGCCAAAGCGACACUUAAUAGAGGAACUCACCGCUAGAGCUUCCGGUCAAUUCAUCUAUGCCAAUAUUGUCGUCGAAUACGUCAGGUCGAUUAAGCACAAGCCGGCCGACCGCCUGAACAUCAUCCUCAAUCUCUCCUCCAUUCCUCACCAUGACACCCCUUUCUCCCAACUCGAUGCUCUCUAUGACCAUAUCCUCUCUUCCGUCGAGAGCGCAAACAUCACGGCCGUGCUAGAAAUCCUCUCCAUCUUAACCAUUCCUCGCCGAAGUAAUGACGACUUCACGGAAUUUCCUACACCAGCUGUCCUGGAGAAGCUGCUUCUCCUGCAGUCUGGAGACAUCAAAGUUUUCCUGGUCGAUCUCGCUUCUCUUGUCCAUGUUGGCAAUCCUUACGAACCGGUUCGCAUCAUGCACGCGUCCUUCGUUGAAUUUCUGCUCGACCCGAGAAGGUCAAAGCAAUUUCAUGCAAACAUCGGAAACGCUCAUGCGAAGCUGGCCAUAGGGUGUAUCCGCUACCUUGAAUCUCUCAAUCAAGAUCCUUCGAUUUAUGACCCAGACAUCCAGAGCAAAUUUUGGACGCCGAUUAUAGCGCACUCUAUGCAAGCAUCUCUAUCAAGCGAACUUCAUGGGGCAGUGCAUUCAUUUGAUAUGGGACUGCUUUUCAAGACCUUCAACACUUCUCGCUGUAAUCAAGGCAGAACAAAUAUAGAGUUCCUCUGGUCCUGGCUCUCGUCAUUCUUCCUCUGUCUUUCCUCAGCCAAUGUGUUCGCAUCCGCCCACCCUUCUCUGUUCGUCCGGCAUGUCAAACAUUAUAGCUUGUUUCUCUUCAAUAAGCUUCGUCCGUUGGUUGAAGACCCACGUCUGGAUGAUAUGAUGGAAUUGGCCAGGGGAGUGGAGCAUAUGUUUCCAGUCAUGCAACCCGCAGGAUCCAGCAAAGCUCCUGCGAGGGCACCCUUCAGUGGGGAGCUGGUAGUCUGUUUGAGACCUGUUCGCGGAGUCCAGAAUUCAUUGCCCGUAGUCUGCGCACUCGUCCGCGAGAUGCAAUAUCUCACACUGCUAUCCCAGUUCGUCGAGGCUGAGGCAGUCCUCUCAGAUCAACCAAUUCACAUUGAUUAUGGGAAAGCUACGCUCCGUGUCGUCCGGAACCUCUAUCAACGCCGACCAAGGUAA